AUGGGUUCAGCACUUAGUAAAGCAAACCACGAGGAUGGUAUUUCAGUUAUAGCUUCCAAUCUAUUGAGUGAUGAAGCUCUUGUUAGGGGUUACCUCGAGAUUUUGAAUAAACAUCAGGUUAGAAUGUCCACUAAUCCAGUCGAAGCUAGAAGCAUACUUAUUGAGUUUGAAAGGUCUGUCUUGCUCCCACUCAUACAAAAAUUUACAGAGGGCCUCUAUGCUAAUAAGAAAUUGGGGCUACUUUUAGUUUCAAGAAUAUUUAUCUCAUUCCCUUCGCUAGGUAUAGCUUCUGUGCCAGGUUUCAAUGCUCAUUGGGAAAAUAGAUCAUCUACUAGCCGUGCAACCAAAAAUUCAAUUGUGAAUGCAUGUCUGAAGCAAGACGUUUACGCAAAUGUGAAGUUUAUGGAAAUUAAAGAUAAAGAGUUGGAAAAGAAAUUCAAUAAGAUCAUAAUUAGGAUGGGAGAUAAAGUGGAAAAUUUAGAUCAUAGAACUCUGCAGUAUAUCCCGGCAGGAUUUGGUAUCUAUGGUUUUUUUAAUUUUUAUGAUAACCCUUUAAUUGUUUUGAAUGAAGCUGUAACAACACAUUGGGUUUUAUCAAAUUUUUUGAGGCCAAUUAUCUUAUUAUACAAUAAUCUAUUGACUGAGGAUGGUGUACGAUUGAUUCCAACUCUUCAAAAGCCCGAAUACCUAAGGAUGGAAAAAUCUCAAAACCUUCAAAGUGAUGAUUUUAAAUUAUCUCAGGAGACAUUUCAGACAUUUCCAGAUAUUACAUUAGUUCUCAAGCCUUCUGAUCAGUCAAAUUUGUUCUACAAUAUAGCUAAUUUUGAAGUCAAGUUAUUUAAUUGCAUCAAUGAGUUUUCACAAGUUGGGUUGGUCAAGUUUAAGCCGUGGUUUUUACAAGUAUUUAGCCAAAUCAUAUCAGGCAAUUUUUUGAUUUCAUGUUUGACAGAUGGGUAUAGCUUGGUACUCAUGAAGAUUAACUUCAACAACCAACUUGAAGAAUUCUUAACACAUCCAGACAAGCCAGGUACUAAAAUUCCAAUAUGUUUUAAAAUGGUUAAUAUAGCAGAAAGUGGUGUCACUGCAAAAGCUUCAAUUUUAGGAAUGUUAGAUGAUGAAGUAAGAAAUUUUUCAGAAUCAGAUUACAAAAGAAAGAUCUCCAAAAUUCAAAGGCUCAAAGAGAUAUGCUUGAAAAGCAAUGUUGAAUUCGUUAACACCUUGUUUAAUUGGGUUCACCACCAUUUCAGUGAAUCCAAAAACUAUCCUUCAUAUGAGAUUGAUUAUGCACCAGAUAUAUUUGAUGAAAAUCAUAUUUCAUUAUUUCAGAAUGGUCCUGGUGAAGGUCCUCAAAUUUUACUUCUUUCUAAAGCACUCUGCAAAAGGUUGUUAAAUGUGAAAUGGAUUAGAAUUAUUGAUCGAGAACCUGUUGCUAUUUCCAUAUAUGAUCCAACUAGAUAUCAAAUCCAAAAUUAUACUGAAGGUGAUGCAUUAGGUUUGAAAGAAGCUCAAAAUUUGUUCAUGAAUAUGUAUAAGAGUCAAGUGAAGGCAUAUGAUAUUAUCAACAAGUUCAAUAAGCUGAAUGGAUUCAAAAUAAAUGUAUUGACACAUUUCAAAACUGGUAAUAUCAAAUUAAAGAUAAAAGAUUUUUCUUACUAUGCUGGGAAAUAUAUAAUUCAUGAACAUGUUACAGGUAGACCUUCAACAAAACAGCAUUAUGAACAAGCUAUUGAACAAGUCCAACUUUUGAAUGAAGCUGGUAUUCAAUUAGAUUACAUUGAUGAAAAAGAUAUUGUCUUAGCUAAUGGAAAAAUCUACUUGACCAACUUUAAUGAUGCAACUUUUGGGAAAGGCAAUGAAUGUUAUCCUGUGUGCUUAUCCAUACUUGAAAGCUUAAGAGACAAUGCAUCCAAAUCUAAGAGGUCAAAGCAUAAAUAA